AUCGUUGGAAGGUGGGUUUCUUCAGUUUUUCAGUGUUUUGGGGAGGGGGCGCCAAGCCUUUCUGUUUUCCCCGUUUGAAUCAUGCUUCAGUGAAGCGGCAGGCAGGAUAGCUGGACAUUAGUCGAUGAUUAAAGUCCAUUAAUCUGCUGGAGGAGGAGAAGCAAAGCCCCGCAGAACAGCGGAAAUAAACGCUUCAUUUGGACUCUUUAGAAGCCAAACUUUGACGUCAUUUUCUCCGGGACCCUAAGAAAAGACCCUCUGAUCAACAUGGAAGCGUUUCCUGGCGGAAAAUGAAGAGUUUUCUCCUUUUUUUGUUCAACUCGAAGGCGAUCCGAGGAGGGAAAAGUUGUGUGGAAGGUUUGAGCUGUAAAGUUUUCCAGAUGUCUCCUCUGAUGCAAGCAGCGGCUGCUUUCUGAAACACCCAGAAGAUUCCUGCAUUUCUCCUGAAUGCAUCACAGCCCCCAGGUUGAUCAUCAAUGGAUUUUAGAGAAAACACAACAAACUUCCCUGUGAAACCAGCUGGAUUGGAUGAACCUUCAUGCUGAAUGAAGCUGGCUGCUGAUCCAGACCAAAUCAAUCAGCUGCUUUAAAGAAAAUGUUAUCUGGCUGAAAUCUGCAGGCAAGGGAAGCCCAAUGAGUGUCACACAGCCAGCUGACACUGACAGGACCCCAAGCCAUCUUAGCAAAGACCUUACGGACAAAAAACCAAAGAAUGGGAAAUCCACCUUCUCCCUCACACAUGAGUUUGAUCCAACAGGUCUGGUCCAGCGCUGUGUGAUAAUCCAAAGAGAUGAAAAUGGCUUUGGUCUGACAGUAAGUGGCGACAACCCAGUGUUUGUGCAGCUGGUUAAAGAAGAUGGAGCUGCAAUGCGGGCUGGUGUCCAAACAGGAGAUAGAAUCAUUAAGGUUAACGGGACUUUAGUGACGCAUUCAAACCACUUAGAGGUUGUAGAAUUAAUAAAAUCCGGUUCCUAUGUAGCCCUAACGGUGCUGGGGAGGCCCCCAGGGCUUCCCCAGAUGCCUCUGGAAGAGACGAAGGAGGAGGAGGAAGAACUUGGGGAAGCCGGGACGCCUCUUUCUCUUCCAGCCUCCAUCUCUCCAGCACUGGGGGAGCAGAGCAGCUUUCUGAGUGGGAACCAGUCCUGCAGCCCCAACAACCACAUCACCUGCACCCUGUCUGAUGGGGAAGGAGUUCUGGGCUCCAGGAUUUGUGAUGAUGAUGAACAGGAAGACGUUCCCCUCCUGAAGGACCAGACCUCUCCUUUGAGCGGUGAAGACGAGCCGCUGGCCAACAACCUCAACGCUGCGCACAGCACUCCGAUUCCAGAGAGGUCUGAAAAAAGGCGAUCGCUCCGUCAGAGUCAGGACUUUAGCCGCAGAGAUGAUCUGAAUCUCUGCUCGUCUCCCGACACCGACUACGUUCCUGACUCUAACCUGAAGGUACCAGUACCUGAAUCAGUUUCAGCCGAGUUAGAGAAGCGGAGGCUGGAGCUGAUCCCAGAGGAGCUGUGUAAACAAUACACUCAGGCGUUACAAGAUUCACUUCGUUCAGAUCUCCACAAAAACCUGGAAGACUUCAGGCAGAAGCGUAGUAUGGGUCUGACCCUGGCUGAAGACGAGCUGUCCAGGCUGGACAUAGAUGGAGGCAAAGACCUGCCGGCGUUGGAGAAGGAAUGCGCCUGUGCGGAACACAUCCUCGCAAGGAUCGAGGACAUCCUGCCGACGACUCAGUACUCAGAAGAGGAGAAGUGCUUUUGUAUUAGUAGAGGUAACAAACCUGAAAAGGAUAGUGAUGAGAAGCCAAAGAAGCCUCGAUUUCCCAACAUCCUUGUUCCACGUUUGAGCAGAGUGGACUCCACGUCAUUGAAAAAUGUGGAGAUGAAUAAGCAGCGCUCUCCAAAGUUCCCCCAGCCUGCUUUUGUUAUCCCUGAACCGCCCGACCAUCCGGUCUUGAAUCCUGGAAGAAGCCGGACGAAUCAGCUCAGUCAGGGAUCAGAUACCAGCACUCAGUCCAUCCUUUCUGUCAGCUCUCUGGGUCCGAGCUCUUUGGACUCCACUGGACAGGAAACGGACUCCAGUGUCUCUCCAGUCUGUGUUCAGCCCAGACUCAGCGAUGGUGUGCCGUCUGGAGAACACCAGGAAGGCCUCUCUAGUCCAACCAGCAUUCACUUUGACUUCAGCCCCUCCAAUCUGGACCACCGAGAGGAAGAUCAGGAUGUCCUUAGCCAUCUUGACAACCAAUCGGAGCUGUUCUACACUGAGCGUGCUCACCUGCGCACGCUGCGGGUUCUGGACUGUGUCUUCUGCCAGAGACUGAACAGAGAUGGCAUCCUUCCGCCUGAUGACAUAAAGCACAUCUUCAUUAACUUGGAGGAAAUCAUUCAACUGCAUGUUUCCAUAACAGAGCAAAUGACAGCCAUCAGGAAGAGGAGUGAGACCUCUGUGAUUGGUCAGAUUGGAGAUGAUCUCCUGGCGUGGUUCAGCGAGGAAGAAGAGAAGAUAAAAAGAGCGGUGGGAACUUUCUGCAGCAACCAACCAUCUGCUUUGGAGCUCAUCAAGACGAGGCAGAAAAAAGACCAGCGGUUCAACCUGUUCAUGCAGGAAGCUGAGAGCAACCGCUUGUGUCGCAGGCUGCAGCUGAAAGACAUCAUUCCUGUGGAAAUGCAAAGAGUUACAAAGUACCCGCUCCUACUGGACAAUAUUGCAAAAUACUCUGAGGAGUGUGAGGAAAGGGAGAAGGUGAAGAAAGCUGCAGAGUGCUGCAAAAAGAUCCUCAACCAUGUUAACCAGGCUGUGAAGGAGGCUGAAAACAAACAGAGACUUGUGGAGUAUCAGAGGAGGCUAGACGUCUCAUCUCUGAAACAAAGUGAAAAUCCUGUGAUCCUGGAGUUGAGGAAUCUGGAUCUGACGAAGAGAGAGAUGGUACACGAGGGUCCCCUAACCUGGAAAGUCAAUAAAGACAAAACCAUUGAGCUGUACACACUUCUCUUGAAGGACAUCAUGGUUUUACUUCAGAAACAGGAUGAGCGUCUGGUUCUUAAGUUUCACGGUAAAAACAUGAGCAGCGUUCAAGAUGCCAAGCACAGCUUCAGCCCCGUCAUCAAACUCAGCACCGUCCUGGUUCGCCCUGUCGCCACUGAAAACAAGGCCUUCUUCGUCCUCUCCAUGUCGGAGAACGGGGUCCAGAUGUACGAGCUGAGGGCUCAGACAGUAUCCGACAGAAGAACCUGGCAGUGUCUGAUCACUCAGUGUGCCGACGCUAUGAAGGCCAAACCUCAUCACAGUAACAGACCUCCAGCUCAGUCAGAAGUGGAACAGGUUGCUGUAGAGAUCAUGAACCAAGAGAUUCCCAAACAGAGCUGUGAACCUGAAGAGACGCUGAGCGAGGACAUCCAUCCAUCAGAUAAAGAUGCCCUGUGCUCUCCUGACAUCCAAACUUCUACCAACCCUUUUGACUGCGUGAAAUCAGAAGAUGAGGAAGAGGAGCUGGCAGAUGCAGUCAGACAGGAGGAGGAAGAGGAGGAGGUGGACGAAGCAGAGCUGGAGGCUUUCCUGGACGGGCAGCUGGCAGACAGACUCCUGCAGGAAGGAUCUCGUCACGGCAUCGCGGUCGAAGACAUGGACUUAACUUUCCCCUCCUCCAAAGCUGAAGAGGCUCUCCGGACAUUGGUGAUGCUAAAGGAGACACUUUACUCACACUUAAUGGGCAGAGAGCCAGAGGAGGAGGACACAGAGGACAACAAGUCCAGUGGGGCCCCUGAGAGUCAGCCUGGGACCCCUGAAGUACCGUCUCCUGCACAUGAGAUCCGCCCACCUGAAAGUUCAGAGAAUGAUGACCUGCAGCCUCCAUCUGACCUCACCGGGGAGUCUGAGUCAGCUGGACCUAACACAGGUUUUGUGGGUCUGGACUUUGAAGCGGGCUUUGGGGAGAGCAGCACUGAAGACGAUGUUGGGAUCGACAUGAGGAAGCUGCUGUCCUCGUCCUCACAGGCAGGGGGAGACGGCCCUGAUCUGAGCAGACAGCUGAUGACCCACCUGCGCCUCCUGCAGGCUGACCUGCAGUACCUGAAGGACGUGGAGAUGAAGUACAAUGAACUGAAGCGAAUCCACAACAAUGGGGCGACGGACUCUGAUGACAACAAUGAGGGACUUCUGUGAGUCAAAUGGAGGAUUGUACUUCUAUAGUGGAGGUUCUGCUGCUGUGAGCC